AGGGAAUCCGCACUCCUCCUAUAGCCUCUUCCUUGACUUCCGGCUGAGUGCCGGCACAUGGUGCGAGCCCCGUACACAAACGUCGACGAAACCUCGUUCGAUCUAAUUAGCGAUGGAGGACACACCGGCGGAGAAUUCCCCCAAGCUUCCGGUCCCUGGCCGCCGUAACAUCCUCAUCACCAGCGCCCUCCCUUACGUCAACAACGUCCCCCACCUUGGAAAUAUCAUUGGGUGCGUUUUGAGUGCGGAUGUGUUUGCUCGAUAUUGCCGGUUGCGGGGCUAUAAUACGAUUUAUAUCUGUGGGACGGAUGAGUAUGGAACCGCCACGGAGACAAAGGCUAUGGAGGAGAAUUGCUCUCCCAAGGAAAUCUGUGACAAGUACCAUGAAAUUCAUAAGGAGGUCUAUAAGUGGUUUGACAUAAGCUUUGAUGAGUUUGGACGCACAUCCUCUCCACAGCAGACUGAAAUCUGCCAAUCAAUUUUUCACAAAUUGUUGGAGAAUAAUUGGCUAUCUGAAAAAACCAUGCUCCAGCUCUAUUGUGAUACAUGCCAACGCUUCUUAGCUGAUCGGCUUGUGGAGGGAACAUGCCCUACAUUGGAUUGCAAUUAUGAAUCUGCACGUGGCGAUCAGUGUGAAAAAUGUGGAAAAUUGUUAAAUCCAACUGAACUGAUAGAUCCCAAGUGCAAGGUAUGCCAAAGGACUCCACACAUAUGUGACACAGACCAUUUGUUUCUAGAGCUACCCUUGCUGAGGAAAAAAUUGGAAGACUAUAUUGACAGUAUGUCGAUAACUGGAUCUUGGAGCCAAAAUGCAAUUCAAGCAACACAAGCAUGGCUGAAGGAAGGCCUGAAACCUCGCUGUAUUACAAGAGAUCUAAAAUGGGGAGUUCCUGUGCCACAUGAAAAGUAUAAAGACAAGGUAUUCUAUGUGUGGUUCGAUGCCCCAAUUGGGUAUAUCUCAAUCACUGCAUGCUACACUCUCGAGUGGGAGAAAUGGUGGAAGAACCCUGAAAAUGUGGAGUUGUAUCAGUUCAUGGGCAAGGAUAACGUGCCAUUUCACACGGUAAUGUUUCCUUCCACACUGAUUGGAACCGGUGAAAAGUGGACGAUGAUGAAGACCAUAAGUGUCACGGAGUAUUUAAAUUAUGAAACAGGAAAAUUUUCUAAAAGUAAGGGUGUUGGAGUUUUUGGUAAUGAUGCAAAGGAUACAAAUAUUCCCACAGAAGUGUGGAGAUACUACUUGCUUACAAAUAGACCUGAGGUAUCGGACACUUUAUUUACAUGGUCAGACUUACAGGCUAAGCUGAAUAGUGAGCUGCUGAAUAACUUGGGCAAUUUUGUGAAUCGUGUAUUGAGCUUUAUUGCCAAACCAGAAGGAGCAGGAUAUAACUCUAUUGUUCCUGAUGCUCCUGAUGCAGAGUCACAUAACUUGACAAAAGAUUUAGGAGAGAAAGUUGGUAAAUUGGUUGACCAAUAUCUUGAUGCCAUGGAAAAGGUAAAACUAAAGCAAGGCUUGAGGACUGCAAUGAGCAUAUCUAGUGAAGGUAAUGCAUAUCUACAGGAGAGCCAAUUUUGGAAGCUUUACAAAGAAGACCCAUCUUCUUGUGCCAUUGUGAUGAAGACAUCAGCUGGUCUUGUCUACCUUCUUGCAACUUUGUUGGAACCCUUUAUGCCUUCUUUCUCUAUUGAAGUGCUAAGGCAGCUAAAUUUAUCACCAAAAACAUCUCUCUCAUUCUGUAACGAGAAAGGAGAAACAGAUGACAAAAAGAAACCUUGGAAUUUUUUACCAUCUGGACACAGUAUAUCGAAACCCGAACCACUAUUUAAGGAACUGAAAGAUGAAGAUGUGGAGUACUUUAGGAUGAGAUUUGCUGGUAGUCAAGCUGACAGAAAGGUGAAAGCAGAAGCUGAUGCUAAAAAGAUAACCGAGCAGCUAAAGAGCACAAACAUAACAGAAGCCAAUGCAAAGAAACAACAGUGCAAGCCAGAAGGCAGUCCAAAAGCAAAGCCUACCGAAACAGAGAUACCAAUUACAAAACUUGACAUCCGUGUGGGUCUCAUCAAGAAAGUUCAGAAGCAUCCGGAUGCUGACGCCCUUUACGUGGAAGAAAUUGAUGUGGGUGAGGAAUCAACUAGAACAGUUGUUAGCGGACUUGUCAAGUACAUUCCUCUUGAAGAAAUGCAGAACCGGAAGGUUUGUGUUCUCUGUAAUCUGAAACCAGCAACAAUGCGGGGCAUUAAGUCUCAUGCAAUGGUCUUGGCUGCAUCCAGUGAUGACCAUUCCAAAGUAGAAAUGGUCGAUCCACCUGCAUCAGCUGCUGUUGGUGAGCGAGUAACCUUCUCCGGAUACUCUGGUGAGCCCGACAACAUAAUUAGUGCCAAGAGCAAGGUCUGGGAGAAGGUACAGUUGGACAUGCAUACAGAUGCUGAGCUGGUAGCCUGCUACAAGGAUGUGCCAUUCAUGACGUCCGCUGGGGUUUGCAAGGUCUCAUCUAUUGCAAACGGAAUAAUAAGUUAGAAUCAUAUGUCCUUCUGUCCGUCACAGGACUCCAUUGAUGCUUCUUCUCACAUCUUAUCUUGUAUCUAUAUAAAUUGAUGAUACAACGAUCCUCAAAGAGGAAUUCAUAUUGCUCUUCUAAAUCUUGGUGUGUGCCAACAUUUUACCCACCCGCAUACUCGAUGUACAUACUAGUGACUUUUUAAUGAAAUGUGUCGUUGUUGGAUCAAA